GGAUUGCAGGAGACAUCGGAACAGACAUCAGGGAUCGCAACAGGAUUACUGUUGCUUGUGCUGCCAUGGCCAUACUGAACAUCAGGCAAGCGAAGAGCUCCAGUCUAAGCUCGUCCAAGGACAAAGCUUCGAACCUUCCCCACAGAACCAGCACUGAGAGCUUGCGGCCAGCGAACGCGAGGUCGCAUGAGGGGGCGGGGGGAGAGCAGAACGAAGGCUAUGUGCUGGAGAAGAGGGUGAUCAUCAACAUGGUCCGGAUACUCUCAUCAGCCAUCGACGAGAUGCCGUUUGCAGGGGUUAAGUUCUCUCCCGAAGCUGCUCUCUUCUCUUUCCCUGCGGCUGUCCAGCAUAGAGCGAACGUGGCAGUUUUCUGUGACCAGGGGCUUGUGGAGCUGCUGCUGUCCCUAAUCCAGAGGCAUCGGCCAGCAAGUACAGGAGGGGAGGGCGACAGUGCGCAAAAGAGCGAUCCGACACAGGCUGAUACUGCAGACAAGGUGGAAGGAGGGAAGGACGAAACCAACAUCCGGUUGAUCGAACUGGCGCUGCAGACGAUGUUGACCAUGUCGAAGACGGAAGGAGGAGCAGGCCAUGAAUGCCUGCAGAGGAUGAAUCUUCUCAACUCUCAGGAACUGCUGCAAGGGCUAGCAGGAUGGUCGGUGAAUCGUACGGAGGAGGCUCCGAAAGUGGAGCGAGUGGCUCGACUAGCGACAGAAGUGAGGGAUUUGUUGUCCCAAGCAGGAUCGUAGCUGAUCAUGAGGCAAUACAAGAAAUAUCAUGU